UCUCAAAAUAAUAAUCAGAAGACGAGACGAAGGGCUAGAGAGAGAAACUAAACGCACAAAGAAAGGGGCAUUCUAGAGAGAGAACGAGAAAGAGAAAGAGAGGAGAGAGAAAACCGUGUUGAAAGACCGUUCUGACCUCCGUGUCCGGCUGCUUCUUCUUCCUCCUCCUCCUCUUCCUCCUCUCUCUUCCGCCCUCUCCCCGUUCCCACCAUGAAUGAGAAGGCCAACGUCACCAAGGAGCUUAACGCCCGCCACAGAAAGAUAUUAGAAGGGCUUCUUAAGUUGCCAGAGAAUAGGGAGUGUGCUGAUUGCAAAGCUAAGGGACCACGAUGGGCUAGUGUUAAUUUAGGCAUUUUUAUAUGCAUGCAAUGUUCUGGUAUCCACAGAAGCCUUGGUGUUCACAUAUCGAAGGUACGGUCUGCUACCUUGGACACUUGGCUUCCAGAGCAGGUUACAUUUAUACAAUCAAUGGGGAAUGAGAAGGCAAACAGUUAUUGGGAGGCGGAGCUACCUCCAAAUUAUGACAGAGUUGGGAUUGAGAAUUUUAUUCGUGCAAAGUAUGAAGAUAAGAGAUGGGUUUCUAAGGAUGGCAAACCAAGAUCACCUUCUCAAGUACAGGAGGAAAGGCCUUCUUUGCAUGGGCAGAGGCCUGCGGAAAGAAGUGGAUCAGGGUAUUCAGGCCAUUCUGAAAAUUUGUUCGAGGAAAGGAAGAGACUUCAUACACAUAGUGUGAAAGAGAGUAUACCUGCCGCGAGAGUUAGUCUUCCUGUUCCUCCCAGAGGACCUGAACAAGUUGCUCCAGCCCCCAAACCAUGCCAAGAGCCGAAACCAGAACCAGUUGUACAGCAAGCUGAAGCAACGAAACAGACUACAAAUGAUGCCCCAGCUGUCUCUCCAAAAGUUGAUUAUGCUACUGAUCUUUUUAACAUGCUAUCCUUUGAUGGCCCCUCUGAUGAUGGCUCAGCUGCAGUUUCUACAGAUGAUAGUUCAUGGGCUGGUUUCCAGUCUGCUGAAGAAGCAUCAUCAGCAGAGAAACCUGCGCCAACAAAACCAGCUGAAGCCAUUCCCCAGUCCACUUCUGGAAUUGAGGAUCUUUUCAAAGAUUCAACCUUAGUUUCACCUUCUUUAGUUCCAGAUAAACCUGUGAAAGAUGUUAAAAAUGAUAUAAUGAGUCUUUUUGAAAAGUCCAAUAUGGUCUCUCCAUUUGCUAUGCAUCAACAGCAACUUGCCAUGCUAGCUCAGCAACAAUCACUUCUCAUGGCUGCUGCAGCUAAAUCAGCUGCUGGGGACGCAAAAUUUAGCAACGCUCAACCCGCUGUCCUCAAUGGUACCAAUGUUCCGCCUCAAAGUUGGCCAAAUGUCACCUACCCGAUCCCUGGAUUGAUGAUGCAAAUGGGUGCACAGGGUGGGCUGCAAACUACAGUGCAGACAAUGAACAGGGGGCUGGCAAAUCCAGUUGGGAGUUCUGUUUCAUAUCCUACAUCUAGCCUUUAUAGCUUCGGUCAAGUUUCUUCAGUGCCGGUGAAUGGUGUGAGCACCGCCACCACCAACACCCCAGGGAAAAACAAACCUCAAUUGACCGCAUCGGUGUCAUCAGCGACUCCUUCACAGUCAGGAAAAGAGUAUGAUUUCUCCUCUUUAACCCAAGGUAUGUUUUCAAAGCAUUAAACUAGUGGUGCUGGAAUGAGGAUAUAAUGCUGCUGGGUAUUUUUGGUGGUAUACCAAGAAAAUUAAGGCGCAGUAAGAUAGCAGUGUCCAAUUUUUCCACCUGUACUGGGGAUUGUAAACUAUUACUUGUAGAGGCAGUCUCAGUUUUCGUAAUUUUAUUGUUCCUUUUCGAGUGAUUUCUUUAAUUGUAUGAUGAGUAGCUUUGUCUUCACAAAUAAAGGAGAGUAGAUUUAUAUGAUUUAUCACCUACCUAUUACCAUUU